AUGCUCCAGCUGAGCAAGAACCUUGCUCUCACCAACCUGAUAGAGGAGAUCGUGACGGAGAUUGAGCUAGAGCUCUUUGAGUAUCAGGGUCAGAGGGUCAAGGCCCUCAAAGCUUCCUAUGCAGCUGCCAACUCGAUCGUCGUGUGUGGGUUCGGGUUCGUUGCAUUACUCGCGUUCCAGGCGUCGUGCAUUCUUCUUGAGAGGCAUUCUAGUCUCCUCAAAGAUAGCCUGCGAUGCUUCACCUACGGUAUGCCGGUGAUGUGCAGCAAGGACCCUGACGAGAGAAUGAGUUUCCUGGAGGCUAUAGCGCCUUCUCUGAGAAAUGUUCCGCAUCUACGCAAAGAUCUGCCAUGUCCUCACUUCCUGCAUGUCGUUCGGAAUGAAGACGUUGUUCCGGCUCUCUCGCUCAUCAAGGCCAAGUAUCGGUCCAUGUUGAUCGACCGUCUCAAGGCAUCUUUGAAUGAUCAGCUCCAUCCCUACACCCUACAUCCUUUCUCAAAGGAGCUGGUUCAAUCUUUGGGGUCUAUGUCCGAUCAACAGGCGGACGUAGUGGCUUCUCGCGCGACCAGGGCGAAGUUUGCAAACAGAACCCCAUCGACUUCCGUCAUGGCAGGCGAAGAAUCUCUGGAGAUGGAUAUUGGCGGCGAUACAGCAGACUCCGAGGAUUCAUCGAGGUCUUCUUCGACGAGCCAGUCAGCCAAGAGCACGAGUCACCAAGAUCUUCUUCAUCGCGUCAAGGAUCAAGUGGCCCAGGUUUCACUGCAUGAAGGUUGCGCGUUGGGGAAGUAUUGGAUCUUCUCCGAUUCGAUCUCGAGCUCCUCCAGCCAGCUGGCACAGGAUGCAACAUGCUCGUCAAGCGUGCAGAAGAAUCAUGAAGCCUUGCGGAUCUUUCGGCAGACAGACAUAGAUGCCGUCCGUCGAUGGGUUGUGCAGUUCCCAUAUUUCAAGCACGCGAGGGAGAAUGUUACAGUGCUGCAUACUGAAGCGCAAGAAUCGUACCAAAUAUUCAAGGAAAUCUUUUCAGAGAAAGAGGCAAUUGAAUCAGUUUUGUUCCGGUUCAUGUUCGUAAUUGAUCUGGCAGAAUCUGCACAUGGAAUCAAUCUCAAGUAUCUUCUGUCAAAAUCACAUCGGCAUGUAUCUGAAUUCGAUCUGGGAAUGGAUCAAUACCUCCCAGUGGCAGAAAGCAAGAUUGAAGGAAAUUACGGUAAUGGGCCAAACACCAGGACCUUGUACUCGGAGAGGUCUCUUGCAUGUCAAGUUCUUGCACACGACGCGAGGUGUUUGUGCUUGAAGGAGUUCAAUAAGACCUACUUGAGUUUGUCUAUACGAGGUCACAACAUGGGCUACGUCGAGGCGAUCCAGCUAAUCGUGGAUGGGCAUGGAGAUCCUGCAGAAGGGAAGAGAGGAGAGAGCAAGAGCCGAGGACAGUGGUGGACGUGGAUGGAAAUAGAUCCCAAGAGCUGGGACAGUCAUUGCAUCAGUGCAAGGUGCAGCGGUGUGUUCGGCAGGGUAGUAGGGCGGGUCAGAGCUCGUCUGAUUGGAACAUGCACGCGGGAGGUGGAGGUUGUUUGCGAGGCGCACGACGUCGAGCAGUUCAAGGGUCUUCCCCCUCCCUUUGAGAAGAUCCAAGACGAGAGUGUCAAAAGCGUCUUGACCAGCGCCUGGCAGCGGCAGGAGAUCUUGGGCUCGUCCAAGUCAUACCGCCGUUACCACCAGCGCUGCUCCGACGAGUCGAUCUUCUUGUUGAGCCAGCCGCAGGAGAACGAGAACAAAGUUCGGUUUUGCCGCUGCUCCUUCUUUGACAGGUCGGAGGUCCUUCAGGCCUUCAAAGGGAAGUCAACGGCCCACCUCCUCAGCCUCCUCGUCAGCGAGGCACAAAACCUCGAGGAGAAGACUCGCAGUCAGUUCCGAGACUUCAUGCAGACAUUGAGCCUUGGCGGGGUGGACCCGCACCCGAGCUCGGGUAGGAAGGAGGAGGAGGAGGCCAACACUGUCGGUCUGCAAGGCAUCCAGGCAGACUUCAAGGAGCAGGCAGACUUCAUCGAGGAGUUCUUGAACCGUCCUCUCUCGCUCUCGAUGGACCGGAGCCCGAGGUUCCGUCAGGUCAUGGGGCUGACCCUCGCCAUCACCGCCGGCGCGACGAUCAUGGCAGGGACUUGUCUCCUCGCUCCUUACGCCGCUGCCACCAUGAUGCCGACAAUCGCCUCCUACGUGACUCCCUCACACGCAGUCGCUGGCAUGUUUGCGACUUCCAUGGUGGGAACCCACAUGCAGGCCCGCUGCACCAUCGACGGGGUGUACGAGGAGAAACUUCUGCACCUUGCAGAGGCGAUCAAGAUUGACACUAAGAAGAUCAGCAGCCUCGCCUUUUACCUCGAGGAGGCCAUCGCCUGCAGGAUCCUCGAUCAUCUCGUCUCCCACCUGGGAACAGACUCCCGCGAAGAGCUGCAGGUGAGGAGCUGCUCGGGAGGUCGAGGGUUGACACGUGCCCAGGACGUCUUGAUGCAUCCUUCCGUGUUCGUGCAGGAGCUGUCCAAGUCAGACUCGUGGCAGAGACUGGUGGACGAGGAGCACUACUUUGAGUACCUCGAUGCCAUGGACAAGAAGAUCGUCCUCAACUACUUGUGGGUGGUUGUCAUCAUCUUCCUCCUACGUUCCCAGAGCUCCAAACUACUUCCUGUCGCCAUUUGGUCCUCGGACGAGACCAUCACCCGCGACAUCUUGGAGCAGACGUUCGGCAUCGUUCCACCUGAGGAGAGGACGGAGGAAGGAAAGGUCAAGGACCGCAGCGAAGCAUCGCGUACCCUCCUGCUUGCUGACGUCAACAACUCGCUAGCAAUCCACUGCUUCUCUCCUCAUGCGGAGGCUGGAGGAUCCGGCGAGAAGUCGGUGGACCAGGUGCUGGGGACCGCGCAGAGUUUCUUCCUGGACAAGGGGAUCUUUCACGUGUUUGUGCUGGGCUGGUCGCAGAGUUGUCACCCGUGCAACUUGAUCCUCCUCUCCAGGGCCCUCGCAGCUCGUGCCAAGAGCGGAGGAUCAUGUCCCGGGCUCAAAGUUCUCUUCACCGCUGUGCCUGAAGGUGACGGGAGUGCCGUUGAGUGGAUCUUGUCGAGGAUCAACACGAGCCUUGACGUCACCCGCUGGAGGAGUUUCGUCGCGGUUGCUCGCCGCCACCUCAGGCUUAGCCGCUCUUCCUUCAUCGAUCUGGACAGUCUCAAGGGGAUCCGCGAGGAAGCGCUGCAGGAGCAGGACCUGAGAGACUGUGAGGCUCCGGACGACGAUGAGCUCAUGCUCCUUGUGUCGGCGGACGCGUUCCAGGACGACUGGCUGUCGAAGCCUCCUCUGACGCUCUCUGUCAACGACGUCCUGCUCUGCUCCUCUACCAGGCCGAAAGCAGCGAUGAGCGAGCGACCAAAUGUCUCCCCCGCCUACCGCCUGAUCUCCGACGUUCGUCUUCGUGCCGCUGGUCAUGCAGCUGAACGCAGAGAAGCAUCGUCGGUGUCCAUGGACGAUGUCAUGAGAGAGCUCAAGAGCAGCAUGACUGAGACGCUCAUUCGCAAUCUUAUCCGGAAGGAGAAAGGCAAGCAGGAGCACGGGGAGCAGGGGCAGCAGGAAGAGCAGGGGGAUCAGAGCUGCUCUGUGGACGACCAUUCUACGUCUCAGCUCUGCAGAAUGUUCUGGCCGGAGGAUCUUCACAUGAAAGUCUCGAUGUUGCAAGCGUGUGCGAGGAGGAGCGUUCAGAUACGCCUCCCCGUCGUCGAGGUCUACCAGCCGCGCGAGCAGGUCUGGAGGUACUCGAGGCGCAAGAGGAGGCCGGGGAUGGUGCAGUACUGGCCGCGAGAGGGCCAGGAUAGCCCUCUUGCCUCCAUCUCAUGCCGGAGCUGCGAUGAUAGUGAUGGUGACAAGUACCCGAACCUUGUCGGGCGUCAGACGUCAAGUCUGCGAGACAUCAUAGCAGUCCGAUCAGCGUACAGCCUUCGCCUCCGCCAACUGAUCAAGUUCUACCUGGCGCACAUGGAGCGCGUUCAAGUCCUGCACAAGUUCCGAUCGAAACUCGUCGGAGCCUUCUGUGCCGCCCGUUGUAGGCGCGGGCAGCUCAGGGAAGUCGAGGAGACUCUCGUCAUCCUCUUCGGGGGCCUCGAGGAGGAGCGCGAUGAUCGCAGCCGCGGGGCCGACAGCUUCCUCCGCUCCGACGCUGAAGAGAGCUUCGGGUUGCGGUCCUUGCUCACCUCGUCCUUCGGUCACUUCCCUCUGGACGUGAAGCUCCUCACGGACUGCUAUGAAGUCCAUCUCAACCAGUUCUUCAUGCUCCUGGCUGAUGACAUCUGCCAGCUACAGCUCUUCUCCUCCGAGGUCGCCGACUCCCUGCUGGAUCAGCUUGCUGAGGCUGGGAGCGGCUGCUCCCCUCCCCUCAGUCAGGUCAUCGAAUCUUGCGGGGGCAAGGAGGAGCUUUGCAGCUGCUUGUCCUCCUCAUUGCCUCCUGCUCUCCACCUGAGGACCUUGAUGCAGUUCCUGCACGAAGUUUCACCGCGUUUCCAUCCUGACUUCCAGCCGAUCCGCUCGGCACUGCAGCAGAUCGACUCAACCUUCGCCAUCACCCAGCUUCCCACAGAGUUCUCGCAAGGGAGGAUGCAUGACCGGUCCAUCCUGGGAAAUUUUGCAUCUUUCUACGAGGAGUUCGAGGAGGUCCUCAGCCCUCAGUCGCGGUCCAUCCCGCGAGGAGCGAAGUUUGAUGCUGCCCUCCGAGCCGUUGAGGACGUUGUGAACAGGAUCGAGUCGUUCCGCAGGAACUGCGUGCUCGAGCUCAUGAGCGCGCGGGUCUGGCAAGAGGGCGGUCAGGGUGGCAGCAGCAGGGCAAGGGCGAUGGACGUGUUCCUGUUCCGCGGGAAGGUCGAGUCAGACGUGAUUGAGCAGUCAGUGAACUCGCUUAUCCUCACUCGGCUGUGGCCCAUGAUGGAGCACCUGUUUGCCUCGAUUGAGAGCGAGAAAGAAAUGCAGCUCACCAUCGGCCUGCCAGCGUUCGGUUGGGACGCGGCAGGGAGGCGGAAGCUGCUGCAGUUCCUGGAGAUUCCUGAGUGGGCGAUGGAGGAGAAGGACGAGUCCGAACCGAAGUUUUACGAGGGAGCAGCAGAAAGUCUGGUGGAGAUGGAGAUGCAAAAAACUCCCGAAGGAAAGGCAAAACAGAUUGUCAUAGCAUGCCAGAGAAUUCUGCGUGUCUUGAAGGCAGCGGCACCCAAGGACAAGGAUGUGGCAAAGCAUGACAGGCUGCAGGAAGAGCAAGAAGAGCAGGAGGAGCAGGAGGAACAGGAUGAACAGGAGGGGAGCAGUGACGAUAGCGAGGAGCAUCUAGGGCUCGUAGAGCUGCAGCAGGUGGCUGGAGGUCUGUACAGGGACAAGCCAAGUCUUCUGGGAAGGAGCCUCGUCUAUGUGCUUCUCCGGCUCGCCCACGAGAAGCGCUGCUGCUCCUUCCGCAGGACAGCGCUCUACAUCCGAUACCUCCACGUCCCUCCUGUCAGGAUCGGAAUCGCCACUGAGAGGACCAACUUCCGCCCGGGGGGUGUGGAAGGAAUUUUUAUCAGCGAGUUCGAAGAGGCGGUCGAGUGGGUCGGCGAUCAGAUCCGAAAGUCUCUCUGUCCUCGCGUCAACAACCCCAACCAGCCGCUCUCUGGCGCCGACGCCAACGCUUACACGGCGCUGCUGGAGGCGGUGAAGGGGAGCAACUGGGGAAGUUUGCGGCGGCUGGUGGAAGGGAUCGGCCUGAAACCAUGGCAAGCGAUCGAGGGAGGGAGGUCGGCGCUCGAGGAGGCGAUCAAUACAGGUGACGAGGGCGUCCUGCUCUUCCUGCUCUACCGCUCGGCCCUCCAGUACCCGCUGGACUUCAGCCCUGCAGACAACUCCUUCUGCCAGGAGAUCUCGAAGUUGCUGCUGACGGCGACCGGGAAGGAGCAGAGAGCCCAGCUGGACUACACGUUCAGGACGAUGGUGAUGCUGAGGAGUCAGCAGACGUACGUUAGGAGGCUGGAGGAGCUUCUGGGGAGCGUCGGAGAGCGGGAGGACUGGGAGGACGAGCAGGAGCAGGGGAGCUGGUCCGCGUGCUUCGGGGACCUCGAUGUGAACCUGCGGUGCGCGAGGGCGGUGGAGGCGGAGGUGAGGAGGUGGGUAGAGACCUGCGUGCAAGACUGCUCGCGGCUGUCGGGGAUCAAGAAGCAGCUGCUGGGGAGGUCCAGCGCCAUUCUCUACGCCAUCAAGUCCGUGCAGCAUCAGUUCGACCGGGUGGAGAAGCACGCGAGGCCCAACCUGCUCAAUGUGUCCGGCAGGUUUGCCAAGUUCGUGGAGGAGGUGGAGGAGAGGAUGGGGAGCAAGGUCGGGCUCUCGGGGCAACGGCUGGUUGACCUCUUGGCAUGGCCGCUGCAGCGGUCGAUGCGCUACCUCCUCCUCCUCCGCGACCUCGCAGAGGCAGCCGUCGGCUCUCACGAUCCUCACCAGACGUUCUCGUCCUCAUCCAUCACCCCAAAGCUGAUCUUCGACGUUCUGUUCCGAGAGCAGCAGGACGGGGCCAUCCAGAGGCAGCAAGCGCAGGAGAUCGUGAACGAGCUGCGCAGGAUGCAGGAGGAAGGGAGCUGCAGCAUGGUCGACGACCUCCCGGACGUGAUCGAGGUUUACUUCCGCGUGAAGGACGAGACAAGAAUGUUGAACCAGAAGGUGAUGGAGAGGGAGCAGGCGCAUGUGUCCUCGGAGAAGGCCAAGUUCUUCCUGGAGGGGAUGGUAGGAGCUGAGAGCGUCCUCCGCCGACACUGCGAGUUUGUUUCUCACACCACCGCCGUCUGCGUCCUCCCCGGAAAGCCAUCCCCCUUUGUGUACAACCUCCUCCUCCUCCGCGGCGGCAGAAGGGAGCUUCUCUUCUACCUCGACUCCGUCUCCUUGGCAGGCAGCCGAUUGCGCUCCUGCCAUCUCCGCGUGGAUCUCGCCAAUAUCGUUGCUCUCUCCGACCCGGCAAGACCCUCCUUAGCUCCCCUUCGACCUUUCCCCUCUCCGCUCCCCAGCCACAUCCCACCUAGCAGCCUCCCCGUCUCCUCCUCCUCUUCCUCCUCCUUGCUCAUCGUCCUCUCCUGCCUCCUCUACUCCCUAGCCGCCUUCCACCUCCUCUUCCUCUACUCUCUUGCCUCUUUCUUUUCCCCCUCUUGUACGAGGAGAAGCUACAAGCUCAAAUUCUUCUCCCGUGACCCGGAGGAGGCGCAGGAGCAGCAGGGCGGAUGGCUUUCUUGGUUUGGAGGUCCAGUCCUUGACGAGAGCAGCUUGCAUCAGUUCGUGGAGGCGAUUCGCUUGCAGAUGCGGGAGGAGGUAAGAGGAGGCGAAGCGACAGAGCCUGAGCGGGGAAGGGAGGAGGAGGAUAAUUGA